AUGGAAAAGCCACUAUCCUGGUCAGCGAGCGGACGAUCCGUCCUGAAGCUGAACAUCCGCCAACUAUGCCUUUGUGGGGCGUGGCCCCUCUGGCGAUCACGGCUGUUCAACGUGUACACCCUGUUCGCUGUCGCCCUGGGCGUGUGGCACACCACAGAGAGCGCGCUGUCGUGCUACUUCAGCUGGGGCGACAUGGAGCAGUCGACUAUGGUGCUCAUGGCCACCUUCAACAUCGGCGGCAGCACCGUCAAGAUGGCCCUCUUCGUGCUGCACAGACAGCAGUACAACUCCCUAGUGCGGCACGCAGACGUCCUGAUGACUGAGGGUGCGCCCUGCUCCAAAGAGGCGGCGCUGCCGGAGCUGGUGCUGGCGGCGCAGAGGAGGGCGGCCCGCCUCACCCUGGCCAUGCUGAUGCUCAUCGCGUCGCAGUACGUCACUUGGUUCCCCAUGCCACUGGUCGUCAACAGGGCCGAGCACCGGUUGCCCUUGGCGCAGCACCAAUGGGACGACAACAGACACUUCUACGCGCUCUCGUACGCCCUCCAGUGCAUGGCGGCCGCCUGGACGACGCAGUUCAGCCUGGGGGUCGACUGCCUCUUCGUGACGGUCAUGAUGCUGGUGAUCGCGCAGCUGGAGGCGCUGGCGUCGCGCAUCCAGGGCAUCAGAAUCGAGCAGGGGGCCUCCUCUUGCGCAGCGCAGACGACGAAAAAGGUUUCGGACCAAAUGUACGAAGAACUGUGCCUUUGCGUCGAAGUUCAUCAGAAGCUUCUCAGCUUCGUCAAGCAACUGGAGAGUACAAUGAGUCCCAUUGUGACUACGCAGUUCGCCAUCAGUGUCCUCGUCGCGUGCGUGUCGCUGUUUCCAGCAACAUAUGGCACCAACUUCACUGCUGUGUUCCUGUGUGCUGGAUUUCUUCCCGUGCCUCUGGGACAGCUUUAUCUUUACUGUUGGGCGGCUCACAACGUAACACAGCAGGCGGAAGCGGUGUCUUCGGCAGCCUACAACUGUUCGUGGGUGGGGGCCAGCGAGCGUUUCAAGCGCGCGUUGAGGAUCCUCAUCAGUCGGGCCCAGAAGCCGCUGGUUUUGACUGCUGGGCACCUCUACCCCAUCAACAGGGCUGCCUUUGUCUCGUUGCUGAAUGCAUCGUACUCAUACUACGCACUUUUGGGACAAAUUAAUAGCCGCUCGACCGAGACAACACACUGA